AUGACGUUCCCGUUGCCACUCGACUACUUUCCGCCGCUGCGCCUCAGUGCCCGCGAAGCGCAGUCGUUCCGUCAAUGGGGCGACGCGCUCCUCGAGGAGACCAUUGACGCGUUUCAUUGCGAACAACAACAACAGCAGCAGCAGCAGCAGACCGACCCGCGCGACAGUCGCGACCGCACGUGGAAACCCAUUAAACACCGUCACGACCUCACGGUCGAGCGCCUGCGCAAAGUCGCGAGCGACCGCGACUACAAGUACCGCCUCACGGGCCGUCUCGACGGCACGUUGGACGAAGUCGUCAUGGGGCGCUACGCCGACAAUACGCCCGACUUUCGGCGGCUCUCGGGCGUCUAUCGCCCCGACGUUGUCGACUGCGCUGUCUUGGGCGUCCUCGACACGCGGAGCCCGUCGAACCCGUUCUUCCUCUCGUGCUUCAAGUGGAUGACCGUCGCGUCGCCGAGCAAAGGCCUCGUCAAGAAGCGCGACGUGUGUUGGUACGAACAGGUCGGCCUCACGCGCGACCGCAGGGGCAAAGAAAUGGGCUACACGCUCACAGAGUCCGUCGAGCUCCCCACGUGCCCGCGCUUUGCCGAGUGCGUCCGCGCAAAGCUGUCCGUGUGCUACCUCUACCAGCGCCACCCGACCGGCGGCGUGCGCGUCUUCAUGCGCGGCCGCAACGACGCGGGCGGCCACGUCGCCGAGUGGGUCACGGACCUCAAGUCGGCCGACCUCUGGCUCCGCAUUGAACAGGCCGUGCCCGUGGCGCACGCCGUGAUCGCCACAGCGCUCGUGAAAGCUGCGCGCCACGUUGUGCCCGGACCGCGUGCAGCGUCGGCGGCCGCGCACGGCCAGUGCGGCGUGUGCUUGGCCAAAGCGUCGCGCGUGCUGAGUGCGCUCAAGACGUGCGCUGUCUGCCACAAGCGCACGUGCGCGCGCUGCGUGGCCAAAGUGCGCGUGCUCAACUACUACGACUUUCGCGUGCCGCACUACACGCCGUUUUGCAAGCAGUGCACGUAUUUGAUCCACCAGUUCGACCUGCGCGCGCAGCAGAGCGAUCCCGCGCGCGCGACGAGUGCGUCCGUGACGGGCCACGACGGACUCCGACGCAGCGCCGACGGGACAGCAGCGUUUCCAGCAAAAGACGGCUCGGACGAAGGCCGCGCGCGCGCCACGACCGACGGAGGGGUCUACCGGAGCACAGCUGCGUCCGUGACGAGCAACGACAGCUGCAGCAGCAGCAGCAGUGGGCUGUUCUCGCAGGCGAUUCUCGGCGUCGACUAUGACGUCCGGACGGACGACAGCGCAUACAGCCAACGGCGCGUGCCAAUGCACCCGGGACAUCCCGAGUACCACAACUGCGUCAAGGCGAGUUCGUCGUCGCUGCCGGCCGUGCCCGUGGCAAUGGGCAGCAGCAACGGAGGAGUGUACGCGCACGAGACGAGUUACAACACGGGCGCGUACGGAGCACAGCGCCGGCAUAGUCACGAGCCGCCACGCACGACGGUGGACCGGUACUAUGCCGGCCGCGAGUCCGAGACGCCGCUGGUCUGGCCGGACGACGGGGACUCGCAAGGCAGCAGCAGUGACUUUGGUGCCGACGCACGUUAUCGCAGCGCGUUGGGCUCGAGCACCGACGCGCUGAUCACGCCCAUGCUCAAGAUGAACCUCAUUGCCGAGCAGUCUCCUGCUGCUGCUGCUGCCGCCGCGCGCUCCAGUCGACCGGAAGAUGGGCCGUUCACGCCCGAGCAGCUCUAUGGACGCUAG